AUGACUGAAGCCAAACAAGAUUUAAUUGAAUUAUCAACAAAUCCUUUAGAUGAAUGGAUAAAUACACAUUAUGAUGAAUUGUGUGUAGGUAUGACGUGUAAAAAUGCUCUAUUCUGCAAACCAUCAGACAUGAAAGACAAGAAUUUUCAAAUGAGCAUUAAGGAUAAAUGUGAUAGGAAACAUAGAAGAAUAGACGAUAAACAAACAUGGUGUUAUGUUUUGAAAGAAGAAAUGAAAGGAUUAUAUAAACAGGUUGAACCAAACGAUAAUGAGGAUUCAUUUACUGACGAUGAAAUACCUGUAAAUGAAGCUUUAUAA